GGUCUUGGAGCGGGUGAAGGAAGUUACCGGGGUAGCGUCUCCGGGGCGCUAGUCUCUGUGUGGAGGGUGGCCGGGGUCGAGGGGAUUCUCCAUCCUCCAGUGGUGCAGCUGCCCUAGCAAAGCUAGUACCUGUCUUCCCACGACGUGGCAGCUGCACUGGGGCUAGUAGGGGCAGGCGUCUUUAUCUCGCCUCGAAAACCUGCUUGAUGCUGCCCUGCGCCAGUACUUGCACCCUUGCCGUCAUUGGCACAGCUGCACUGUGUCUGCUAGCUGCUGAAAUGCGGGUGCUGGUUUUGUUUCUGUAGAAAAGGCCAGGAAUUAAGAUGGACUCGGCCACGUGUGGAGGCCAAACUAAGACCUGUUGGGAUCUCUGCCAUGAAGGGGAGUGGCUUUCCCGGACCUGAAGACCAACUUCUGUUGGUGAAAAAGACAAGCUUUGAAGCUUCUACAAAGCUUUUCUUCAGGUCUGUGAAAAGUAUAAUUCUGUGUGGCUUGAAAGCUUGUGUCUCUUACCAACAGAAGUGGGUCCAAUAAAAGAUAUUACCUGACCUACCUUGUCUCUAAUAUGCUGGGGUGGAUGUGGCUACAGCUGCACUGCAUGCAUGAAAGGGAAGGUCAGAUUGGGACUUGGGCUUCUGUGGAAGGUAAAAUGAGAAAUAGUGGCCCACAGCAGGUAGGUGAAUUGGAGUGGGGCUAGAUCUGUGGCCCAUUUGGGAAGGGAGUGUGGGAUUCUGAGGCCAUUCUACCCAUUGAUGCCCUAUACAGAGAGCUGGAAUUGGGGAGAGAGAGAAAGGGCCAGGGGAGAGGUCUAUGGAAAACGUGCCUGAUCUGAUGAUUCUCCUGACUGUGCUUUAAAGUAGCGACUAUUUAUUAUUAAAUGCAAAUGCGUAGCAGGAGGGAGAAGUUAUUUUUUCCCCAGAGUUCAUGUGUUGGUCUCAUUUCCCUCUGUGACAUUGUCCAUUGUUGCGCCAAGCUGUCAGAAGACUCUGAAGGUCUAGCAGAGUCCAUUCCAUGGAGGGCUGGCAACUGAUCUAGGAAGAAGCUGAGAGAGAAGGUCCUGUCUCAUCUUAAUGGAAAAAACAUAAAAAUAACUUUCUUGUUCGGAUAAACAGCACAAAACCAAAGUGAACCAGGAAGUUGCAGAACUUACUAGUUUCAGUUUGUGUUCGGUCUCUUGGUGCUCGAUCCGGAUUGACCUUGGGGGGCUUCUCUGGAGGCGGGGGUCCUAUCAUGGGGACGUAAGAGACCAUAGAACCAUGGCCCAUCUGGAGCCUUCCCCUGCCUUGGUGGCUAUGCUCAUUCUAACUCUGGCCUGGGUGUGGGCUGAAGAAUGCUUGGGAGUAGCCCCAAACCCAGAUGCCCUACAAAUACAUGGGAUAGCCCUGGGGAGAAAGAAGAGGGAGCUAAAGUGUCAGGUGGGAAAGUACCUACACUCCAACAGGACCCACUGCUGCAUGAGAUGCCACGCAGGGACUUACUUGGCAGAAGACUGUCAGUCAGACAGUCUUGCGACCCGCUGCAUGCAAUGUCCUAAGGGCACGUUCACGGCUACAGAUAACAUUUUGAGGAAAUGCAUUAGUUGCAAUCGGUGCCGUUCAGAAUUCAAGCAGAUAACACUGUCUGAGUGCACUGAAAAGAAGGAUACUGUCUGUGGCUGUCUGCCCAACCAAUUUCAGAAAACAGACAGUAUUUUAUUCAAAUGUCUGAACUGCAGCCUAUGCCACAAUGGGACCAUCCGGCAAAAAUGUACAAAGAACAGUGACACGAUCUGUGACUGUUACCCUGGAUACUUCCUGCACAAAAAUAGCUGCAACCUUUGCAACAGCUGUAAUGAAGAAGAAUGUAAGAAGGUCUGUGACGCAGUGCCAAGGCCACCAACUUCCCCCUCAGUGCAGGAUGACUACUGGGGUACACAGGGUCAUACCAUCUUACUCGUUGGCCUCGUCGUUGUGCUUGCAGCUAGCCUUGGGCUGCUCUUUGCAGUUAAAUUGAUCAAGCAAUACCGUCAAAAAGUGACAACCGCUAUUUUUUACUCCUGUGUUUCUACGCAGCAGCCAAAGAGGGAGCCGGUAUCUGAAGUAAGCAAGGUUGUGAUGAACGAGAGGAAAGCUGCCACCUUUGCUUCGGUACCACCCCAGAUAGAAAAAAUGUGGACAGUCAAUGCUGUGCCAAGGUCAAUGGUGGCACAAGAGUUACCAGAUUGUGUCAGACCUGCUGGAAAGACUCAACUCCCAGACAACCCUGUUGUUCUCUAUACUGUGGUGGACCAUGUGCUGCUGUCUCGGUGGAAGGAGUUUGUGCGACGCCUGGGGCUGAGUGACUAUGAGAUUGAGCGAAUCGAGCUGGAGCAGCGGCGCGUACGGGAUGCUCAAUAUGAGAUGCUGAGACAGUGGAGGCUGCAGAUGGGCCAGGGUGCCACAGUGGAGCGCAUCAGCUAUGUCCUCAACCAGAUGGAGCUGAGUGGUUGCAGUGAGGCUAUCCAGGAGGCAUUGUCCAGGCAGCCCUAACCCCCAUUCUUACCUCCUGCACAGGCAACUCUAUAACCUCUUCUGCUUUAGUGCUCCCUUCUCUAGAUCUGUCUCUUCUCUUCAGAGAGGAUUCUAGUUCACUCUUUCUUUCUUGUGUGUCUCCACCUCUUUUCCCCACCCCUUCUGGUAUGUUUGUUGGGGUUGGCAGCAGGUGAUGCUGGUGGAAGGUUAAUGAUCACUUUUCAGUGAACCACAAAGUCACUUACGCCGUCAAACCGAGAGAGAGAGUCCUACAGCAACUCUCAUGGGGGAGCACCUCCGAAAGGACGAAACAGACUGAUUCUGUGACUGAAACAUGGAGGCCAACCUACAACACAGAACCCAACCUCCCAGCCCUGGAAAGGGAACAUCGACUGGGGCCCAGUCAUGGGUGUUCAGUGGUUGGCUGGCGCCACCACAAGAAAGAGGGAGAAGUUAUUUGCCUGUUCCUCUAUUGCUCAAGGGGAGUAAUGGGGUUUCUCAGGUGCUGAUAGGUCAGGUGAGAUUGGUGCUAUUUCUAUAGCUCUUUUCUGUACCUAAAACACAUGUAAAAGAGCAUUAACAAAGGACAUGUAUGUGUGUCACUGUGUGUGUGUGCAUGAACAAGAGCAAGUGUGCAUGGAUGGGCGCAAGUGUGGCUUUGAAUGUGCUUGCCUGUGUGCAUACAGGAAUGACUGGUUGAGAAUGGAAAAGUGCAUGCACAUACAGUGGCAUGAGUGUAUCUGCACAUCUCUGCUUAUGCUCAGGCAAGGCAGGCAUGCGUGACUGUGGCCUCGUAUGUGGGUCUGCCUUUGGAUGAUUUGCUUAAUCUGAUUUAACUGCAAAUAUGAUGGCAUAUAUUUUGUUAGGAACUUCUGAAUAAUUUCACACUACUUCCCAGUCUCCAUCCCAUGAGUGCUCAGUGUUGCAUUCCUCCAAGUGUUAGCCCUUGUGAGGUGUGAUGUAGCUAAGGGCUCAAAUUAUCCUCACACCUUUUGAGCAUGAGUUCUGUCUCUUGCACAGGGCCAGAGGGCCAGGCCAUUUUUUUAAAACUCUUGUAAAUACACUAAACACUCUGAAAUAAAAGCCCAGUUGGUAA